GGGGAGGACAGCGUGGCAGAGACAGACGGGACGCGCCGCGCCCCGCCUCCCGGUCCGGUCCCUCUCUGCGGUGAGGGGAAAGAGAGGCUCACUGCACACUCACUGUAUCUUGAAUGCUGUUACUUCUGAGUGUUUGAGAAAUGAGUCUUCAGAAACAGUGCUCACCACCCCACCCCGAUAUUUAACAUUCCAGUAGAAGUGGGGGAAGACACACGAUAAUGUAGCUUUGCUAAGGAUUCAGAAGCUAAGCAGAAAUGAGCCUAACAUCCUGGUUUUUGGUGAGCAGUGGAGGCACUCGCCACAGGCUGCCACGAGAAAUGAUUUUCGUUGGAAGAGACGACUGUGAGCUCAUGCUUCAGUCCCGAAGUGUGGAUAAACAACAUGCAGUAAUCAAUUAUGAUGCAUCUAUGGAUGAACAUUUGGUGAAAGAUUUAGGCAGCCUAAAUGGGACCUUUGUGAAUGAUGUAAGGAUACCAGAGCAGACGUACAUCACUUUGAAGCUUGAAGAUAAGCUGAGAUUUGGAUAUGAUACAAAUCUCUUCACUGUAGUACGAGGAGAAAUGAGGGUCCCUGAAGAAGCUCUUAAGCACGAGAAGUUUACCAUUCAGCUUCAAUUGUCCCAGAAGUCUUCAGAAUCAGAAUUACCAAAAUCAGCAAGUGCCAAAGGCACAGACUCAAAAGUGGAGGCUGCUGCAGAAGUGCAGCCCAGAGCCACAGAAGCACUGAAAUCUGAAGAGAAACCCAUGGAUGUCUCUGCUAUGCCCCGAGGCACUCCAUUAUAUGGGCAGCCGUCCUGGUGGGGAGACGCCGAGGAGGAUGAACAAAGAGCUUUCAAGGCCAAUGGCAAGCCUGAGGGAAAAAGUCAGGAAGCUGGGGCUUCAGGGUGCAGCACAGAGGCCAAGCACGUGGAGGGACAGUCUGCGGCUGCAAGUGAAGAAGCACUUUUUCCCUUCUGUAGGGAGCCAAGUUAUUUUGAAAUUCCUACAAAAGAAUUCCAGCAGCCAUCACAAAUAGCAGAGAGCACUAUUCAUGAGAUUCCAACAAAAGACACACCAAGUUCCCAUACAGCAGGUGCAGGGCAUGCUUCAUUUACCAUUGAAUUUGAUGACAGUACGCCAGGAAAAGUAACUAUUAGAGACCAUGUGACAAAAUUCACUUCUGACCAGCGCCACAAGUCAAAGAAGGCCUCUCCAGGAACUCAAGACUUGCCAGGAAUUCAGACAGGAAUGAUGGCACCAGAAAAUAAAGUAGCUGACUGGCUAGCCCAAAACAACCCUCCUCAAAUGGUGUGGGAAAGAACAGAGGAGGAUUCCAAGAGCAUUAAAAGUGAUGUUCCUGUGUACUUGAAAAGGUUGAAAGGAAACAAACAUGAUGAUGGUACACAGAGUGAUUCAGAGAAUGCUGGGGCACACAGGCGCUGUAGCAAGCGUGCAACUCUGGAGGAACAUUUACGCCGCCAUCACUCAGAGCAGAAAAAGAAGGCCCAGUCCACCGAGAAGCAUCAAGAACAGGCUGCUACUAGCUCUACGCAUCACAGAGGGGGGCAUGGUGUUCCACAUGGGAAAUUGUUAAAACAGAAAUCAGAGGAGCCAUCGGUGUCACUACCCUUCCUACAAACUGCAUUAUUAAGAAGUUCAGGGAGUCUUGGGCACAGACCAAGCCAGGAGAUGGAUGUAAUGUUAAAAAAUCAAGCUACUUCUGCCUCUUCAGAAAAGGAUAAUGAUGAUGACCAAAGUGACAAGGGUACUUAUACCAUUGAGUUAGAGAAUCCCAACAGUGAGGAGGUGGAAGCAAGAAAAAUGAUUGACAAGGUAUUUGGAGUAGAUGACAAUCAGGAUUAUAAUAGGCCUAUUAUCAAUGAAAAGCAUAAAGGUCUCAUAAAAGACUGGGCUCUCAACUCUGCUGCAGUAGUAAUGGAAGAAAGAAAGCCAUUGAGUACACCUGGGUUUCAUAACUCAGAGGAAGCCAUAUCUUCAUCUGGAAGCAAACGUUGGGUUUCACAAUGGGCUAGUUUGGCUGCUAAUCAUACAAGGCAUGAUCCAGAAGAAAGGUUAAUGGAAUUGUCUGCAACUGUAGAAAACGAGACAGAUACUGGUGACGCUGGUGUUUCCCUAAGAAGUACUAGUUGUACAACUUCCUUGGCUAGUCAGGGAGAGAGGAAGAGGCGAACUCUUCCCCAGCUCCCAAAUGAAGAGAAGCUACUCGAGAGCUCCAGAGCGAAGGUCGUUCCACAGAGGUCAGAGAUAGGAGAAAAGCAAGACACGGAACUGCAGGAAAAAGAAGCCCAGGUAUACCAAAGCGAGAAGCACGAUGCAGACCGAGGCCUGAGUAAAAUGAGCAGGGCAGUCAAUGGUGAGAGUCCUAAAACUGGUGGAGAUGGUAAAGCCCUCCUUCACUCAGGAAGCUCAUCUAGCAAGGAGAAGAGUGAGACGGAAAAGGAAACUUCUUUGGUAAAACAAACAUUGGCUAAAAUGCAGCAGCAAGAGCAAAAGGAGCAGGCCCAGUGGACUCCUACUAAGUUUCCUUCAAAAAAUGCUUUAGGCCAUAUAGAUAAAUGUAGGGAGGAAUCUUCUAAGCAAGAGUCCCAACUCUUAGAAAAAGUUUCAGGACAUUCUACGAGCAAAGGAGACAGAGUAAUACAAAAUGAAAGCAAGAGAAGAAAAGCUGAGGAAAUUCCAAAAUGCCAGGCCUCAAAAGGAGACAAGAAAGAGUCUUCCAAAUCGUUAGUGCGCCAAGGGAGUUUCACCAUAGACAAGCCCAGUUCCAACAUCCCCAUAGAACUUAUCCCCCAUAUCAAUAAGCAGAAUUCAUCUGUACCCACUGCCUUAGCACUGACGUCUGCAAGUAGACUCCGAGAAAGGAGUGACUCUUUGGAUACUGAUUCUAGCAUGGACACAACCUUGAUUCUAAAAGACACAGAAGCAGUGAUGGCUUUUCUAGAAGCUAAACUGCGAGAAGAUAAUAAUAAAACUGAUGAAGGCCCAGAUACUCCCAGUUACAAUAGAGACAAUUCAAUUUCCCCAGAGUCUGAUGUAGACACAGCCAGUACAAUUAGUCUGGUUACUGGAGAGACAGAAAGAAAGUCCACGCAAAAGCGGAAGAGUUUCACUAGUCUCUAUAAAGACAGGUGUUCCACGAGUUCCCCAUCCAAAGAUGUUACUAAGUCAGGCAGUAGGGAGAAAAUUGAAAAGAAAGCAAAAAGCCGCUCUGCAGAUAUAGGUGCAAGAGCAGAUGGUCGCAAAUUUGUGCAGUCCAGUGGAAGAAUCCGGCAGCCUUCCAUAGACUUAACAGACGAUGACCAGACCUCUAGUGUGCCUCAUUCUGCUAUUUCUGACAUUAUGUCAUCUGACCAGGAAACAUACUCCUGCAAAUCUCAUGGACGGACUCCACUUACCUCAGCCGAUGAACACAACAUACAUUCCAAACUGGAGGGAGGCAAAGCAACAAAGUCUAAGACUUCUCCUGUUGCCUCUGGUUCAACAAGCAAAUCCACUACUCUCCCAAGGCCACGGCCCACCCGGACUUCCCUCCUGCGAAGAGCCCGGCUUGGUGAAGCUUCUGACAGUGAACUUGCUGAUGCUGACAAAGCAUCUGUUGCUUCUGAAGUGUCCACUACAAGUUCCACAUCAAAACCACCCACAGGAAGGCGAACCAUCUCUAGGAUUGAUUUAUUGGCUCAGCCUCGAAGAACAAGACUUGGCUCAUUAUCUGCCCGUAGUGACUCUGAAGCAACAAUUUCAAGAAGCAGCGCAUCUGCACGCACCGCAGAAGCUGUCAUUAGGAGCGGAGCCAGGCUAGUGCCAUCAGAUAAACUUUCUCCUAGAACUCGAGCUAACAGUAUCUCUCGGCUCUCCGACUCCAAGGUCAAGAGCAUGAGCUCCACUCACGGCUCUCCUUCAGUAAAUUCAAGAUGGAGGCGCUUUCCUACUGAUUAUGCUUCCACCUCAGAAGAUGAAUUUGGAUCAAACCGUAAUUCCCCUAAACAUACUCGUCUACGUACUUCUCCAGCCCUGAAAACCACUCGCAUGCAGAGUACUGGAUCAGCAAUGCCUGCUAGUUCUUCAUUCAAGCACCGAAUUAAAGAACAGGAAGAUUAUAUCCGAGAUUGGACUGCCCAUCGAGAAGAGAUAGCCAGGAUCAGCCAAGAUCUUGCUCUCAUUGCUCGGGAGAUCAACGACGUAGCAGGAGAAAUAGAUUCAGUGACUUCCUCAGGCACGGCCCCGAGUACCACAGUAAGCACUGCAGCCACCACCCCUGGCUCUGCCAUAGACACUAGAGAAGAGUUGGUUGAUCGUGUUUUUGAUGAAAGUCUCAACUUCCGAAAGAUACCUCCAUUAGUUCAUUCUAAAACACCAGAAGGAAACAACGGUCGGUCUGUUGACUCGAGGCCUCAGCCAGCCGAGCAUCCUGAUCACUUAACAAUUACAAGACGGAGAACCUGGAGUAGGGAUGAAGUCAUGGGAGAUAAUCUGCUAUUGUCAUCAGUCUUUCAGUUCUCUAGGAAGAUUAGACAAUCCAUUGAUAAAACAGCUGGGAAAAUCAGAAUAUUGUUUAAAGACAAAGACCGGAACUGGGAUGACAUAGAAAACAAGCUAAGAGCUGAAAGUGAAGUCCCUAUCGUUAAAACUUCAAGCAUGGAGAUUUCUUCUAUUUUACAGGAGCUUAAAAGAGUUGAAAAACAGUUGCAAGUGAUAAAUGCCAUGAUUGACCCAGAUGGGACUUUGGAGGCUCUUAACAACAUGGGAUUUCCCAAUGCUAUCCUGCCAUCUCCACCAAAACAGAAGUCCAGCCCUGUUAAUAACCACAGCAGCCCUAGUCAGACGCCAGCACUUUGCCCACCAGAAACUAGAGCCCUACACCCUGCUGCUGCGGGAGUGGCAGCAGCAGCCUCCACUGAGUUUGAGAAUGCUGAAUCUGAGGCUGAUUUCAGUAUCCAUUUCAAUAGGUUCAACCCUGAUGGGGAAGAGGAGGAUGUUACAGUACACGAAUGACGUUUCCUUAUUUGUUAGAGACAUUACCCAUGGAGUAAGUAGGGGCAUUGGAAGCAGCAUAAUGUUGACAUACAAAACAAGAGAGCUUGGUCAGCAACAAUCUUGUUAUCUUUGUCUUCUUGAUUUAUUUAUUUAUUUUUACUUCUAAUGUGUCACACCAGUCUUUUCAAACCACUCAGACAGCCACUUGAAGCACACUCAGCAGAGGCAGCUUAUAUCGGCUUCGCCUUUUGUGGUUCUGUGAUUUUCAGAUGAAAUCAUAUCAUUUCAUCCUUUCCCUUCAUAGUUUUUUUUUGUUGUUGUUUGUUUGUUUUAAGCCAUGCUGUGACCUACAAACAAACUAAAAUAUCCACAUUUCUGAGCCCCUGUGUCUCCUGUGCCAAGCUGCCCCCUGAGAUGAACUUUGGCACCCGCUGUACAGAUUGUUAAACCUUUCAAUUUGCUUCUUAAUACUAGGGUUUAUAUUAUUCCUCACAGUCACUGGACACAGCGCCGCCCUGCUCUGUAGAGUGAAGCAGACCCUCCACAGCAGCCGUCCUGCGUUCUAAGACUUUCCAACAUAGUGUGAUUUAUAACUGUUGCUAAGUAACUUGUCUUGGGGUUUAUGGAAAUUAAUUAUUAUGUUUGCACUAAGAUUUACUGGGAGUGAUAGAUGGGCGUAUGCAUAUAUCACUAAGGACUGACAUUUGUACAUAGGAAGUUGACAAUACUGUAUUGUUUUAACCCCACAGUGUUUUACUCCACUUUUCAUACAAAGCUAUUUGGCACUUUUCUUUUUUUCCUUUUUUUCUUUUCUUCUGUUUUUCUUUUUAAGGAAAUACGAUUUUGUCUCUCCUUUUAGAUUAAAUUGCUAGGAAGGUUAAAUUUGACAGAUAGUUUAGGUGGAGUAUAUUUUUAAAAUUAAGAACAUGUAUAUUUGUCCUGUGUUACCAAGUUUUUAUGUUACAGAAAUGCCCCUCAAAUGAUCAUGAGGUUAAUUUUUCUUCAUUAGGAGACGUGAAGAUCAGUAGUUGUGAGAGUAGUUGAUAGUUGCACUCCCAGUCAUUGAAUUGCUUCUGUGUUUCCCUGUAGGUCCAUAGUAACCCUUUGUCAGUCUUACACAUUUGUAAGGACCCUGCAAGACAGCAACAACGACUAAGGCUUUGGGCUUAUCGCUACUAAAAAGAAAGCCUGUGAAAAAUAUCUUCUCUAAACUUGGUUUUUGUUACUGUUUUGUUUUCUUUCCAGUAAGCUCACAUUUCAAUAAGUUUUUAAAUAAAGGAAUUAUUUUUGUGUUUCCAGAACACUAUAAUUUGGGUGAAUCUUAAUUCUUUUAAAUAUAUUAAUAGGCCUGGAUUUACUCAAAGGCUCUAAGUCUAUAAAGAGUAAACUGCAGCUUUGUGAUGUGGUCUUUGAUAUCUUAGCAAUAACCUACGCUACAUUUGUUUUAAGGAAAAGGUAACUGCUCUUCAAGGUUUUUUUUUUUUUAGGAUCUAAGAAAUCCUAUGAUGUUGGAUCAGUUAAUAAAAAUGCAAAAUGUUUUUGUAAGAUGUAAAACAUAAGUCUGCUGUGUAAUGGAUCUCAUAUUUUUCUUUAAAUUAAAAAACAGAAAAGGAUUUGUUCUCCUUGUAAAGCUAAAUUCACAGCUCUCAUGAAGUAAAACUUCAAAAGGAUUUUAACAAAUGUAAAAGGGAAGUGAGAUGCUUUGAAGGAACAAACAAAACAUCGAAGCAGGGUCAGUCCAUUUCAAGAAAAAGUUAUGCAUAAUAAUCAUGAUUGUUCCCCCCUUUAGUUAACGUUUGGUACUGAGUCUAUCUACAUGAAGAAUACAAGAUAAGGAGUCUAAGAAGGUAUUAAAUUAUCUACUUACGUUAUUGUUUGUUUACACAGUUUUGUUCAAUUAUAAACAUUUGGCCUUUUACUAUGUUAUUUUUAUUUUAUAUGAAUACAUUCUCCUUAUUUAUUUUUGUUACAUUUAUUACUUUAUUUUGUUAUGCAUUUACAACUCCAUUUUUAAAUAAAGUGUUUCUGGAACUUUAUGCAAUGAUCAUAGAUUUCAUGUCUUUUACCAUGUGAUAUAUUUUCAUUUAUAAAUUUACCAAACAACUUUUUAUAAAGGAACCUUCCAGUUUUAAUAACUAUAUGAUCAUCCAAAACAGUAUUCUUAAUGGAUUACUAACAAAUGUAAUACAAUAGCUUAAUACUCUAGUGUAACAUAUGUUCAUGGAUGUGUGCAUGUGCACAUACAAGCACACACAUGCAUGCACACAAACACACACACAAGUUAUUUGUAGUCAGCCUUGAGUCAUCCAAAAGCUUUCUGACAGUAGUAUAUCGGGGAAACAAAGGAGAAGUUUAAAUAUCUUGAACAUCUUCAAUUUAAAAAAUAUCAAUUUAGACUUUUUUUCAUUCUCAGUGGGUCUCAAGAGUCUUGAAUGUCUCCGUUAUUAAUCAAUAGCAAGAAUUUCACAGCUUGAUUGUGUGGCUUUCCAUAUUCUAACCCUGUUACAUGCUGCUUCUCAGUAUAAUUUCUGCCUGCUCUUCCACCCUGCACUGUUUACCCACAGCCCUGCCAUUCCUCAGACCCUACCUACAUCUUCACAAAACUUCCUUCUUUGAUACCAUAGCAAGUGUCUUGUAUACUUUCAUUUCCCCUCUUCAUAUGACACAUGUGUAUGUACUUCUCUUACGUCACUGCAGGUGUUUCCUGGGUAGAACGCCAUACUUCUGUGCCAUUGAACUUCCUUUGUGUCCUUGGCCUUGUCUUUUCCAGGGUAGACAUCCUGUUCAGCUUCUGCAUCCUCUAACUUCCUUCUUGUCCUUGGACCUGUUUGCUGUGUCUCUGGCAGGAACAACUCUUGAGGGAUUUCAGUUGAAUGUUUUGAGAUCCAGACCUAUUCCUGUGAAUGUGGUCCUUCAACUCUGAUCUAUAAAAUGAGAGCUUCAUCUUAUCUAAGGUUCUUGUAGUUCAAGGGACUAUGAAAUAAUGCUUCAAAAACACUGCAAGGUUCUUAUAUAUAAACUCACUGAAGUCGCCUAACCCAUCAGAUUCAGUUUUGCCCAGACCUAAUCCAUUCUGUAGCUACUGUCUUAACAUACUAAGCAGUAUACUCAUCAGAAGUAAACGGUCCUUGAUCCUACACUGAGAGGGUGAAAAGCCCAUUUUCCUCUAGUACCAUAAGUCAUACUCCUGUUGCCCCUUGGCUGAUCUUAAAGGGAAUACACACUGCUCUGUAUGCUCAGAUUCCUUUUGAUUCAUUUUCAUUCUCAUCAGGUUGUAGGAACUUUGUAGCCCUUCUCUUCCCUGUUUGCUUUCCUGUGUGCUCUUGAUUCACUGACACCUGCUAUGCCACAGUCCAGUUAGGUCUUAAACACGGUCAGAGGCUCCCCAGAGCUGUGGUGGUACCACCCAUGUCUGAGAUACUCUGUUGGACCUGUAGUUGCAUGCAAAUUACAGAUCUCCAGGAAAUAGUCCACAACAUGUCUAAGUUUGGGAAACCUUUAUGUUAUUUGAAUGUGAGAGUGGCCAGUACAACAGGAAUCUAGAAGGAAUAUCUGAGCCUCAUAGCUGUAUAUUCAAAGUUUUGUUUAAGUUCCCUGAGCCGAGCUAAAUCACUUCUCCCCCCCCCCCUCCCUUCCAAAUGCAGUUUCCCAAACCAUAAAGCCAGUCCCUUGCUGAUGCCUAUAUGUAGCUGAUGUUGCCACCUGGAGCCAUUGCUUGUUGGAAUGUUCACUGCUCUGCAUUGCUCAUAUGCAUACGGAAACAUGCAGUAAACAUUUGUUCCCUGAAAUCUUCUUAGUUUCACCAUACUGUUCAAGCUAUUGCAAAGUCCUAUUCUGAAGUGGAUGGACGUUUGUAGUUUUAAGGUAUGUAGUAUUAGAUCUAGAAUUGGCAGAUAUUACAUUUAAUUCAACUGCUUCAUAUUUGAGGUAGUUGAGGCACAAAUGUAGAAAAGAGUACGGCCCUGUUGGGCAGUUUACCAAGAGUGUUAGCUGCAUUAUCCCCACGACUCUUGAGUUUCUCUGUUAGAGAUGAAGGAACCUGCAAUAAGAGAAUAAGUUUUGCCAGACGGUGGUGGUGCACGCCUUUAAUCCCAGCACUCGGGAGGCAGAGGCAGGCAGAUUUCUGAGUUCGAGGCCAGCCUGGUCUGCAAAGUGAGUUCCAGGACAGCCAGGGCUAUUCAGAGAAACCCUGUCUUGAAAAAAACAAAAACAAAAACAAAACAAAACAAAACAAAAAAACAUAAAAAAAAAAGAAGAAGAAAGAGAGAGAGAGGAUAAGUUUCCCCAGUAGUCCAAUUAGGAUUUGACUUAUGUAUUCAGAUUGUUCAUGGUCACCCACCACUAGUUUUCAACUUAAAGAGCUGCUAAACUUGAGCAAGCUGACCCAAUACUCAACCACCCUUACAUGCCACAGCCCCAGCCCCAGAAAAAGUCCUUCUUUUGGAACAGAAGCCGGAAAUCCUGCUGUUUCUUAUAAACAGAUGAAAGAGUGAACCAGCUCCUACAGAGCUGAAUGUUGAGUCCUACAGAGCUGAAUGGUGAGAGCUCUGUCUGUGGAGGAACUACCUCUUGUUUUAAAAGUGAAAGCCAGAACUGUGACAGAAAACUGGUAGCCCUGGAUCAAGGCUGUCACCAGAAAUGUGCUUGCAGCAUUUCCCACAUAUCCCUGGACAAGGUGAAUUAAGAGGAACUAUCCCUUGGGACUAGGUGAGAUGCAGCUAAAACUACUUGGAGGUGGGAGGAGGAGGAAUUAAUGCCAGUGCUUCUUGCAGAUACAAAUAGCAUAGGGGUUCCAGUGUCACUUUACAAUACUCAGGGUAGUGGCAAUAGAUUUUCAUUGAAAAAAAAAAAAAGUUUUGAAUGAGAUUAAUACAAACACUGUUACAUCGUUUUGUUUACAGCUUCUAUGCCCCACCCCCAAGUCUCCAGAGCUUUGACUUUGCCUACUUCCUUCUUGAGUAGAGCCUCCUCGGUAACCAAAAGAAGUCCCACUGCACUCAGUCCAGUUCCUCAGACUUGAGUUGGCCACAGGAUGCAUGGGUGAACUGCCAUAUCUGUGCUCCAUUGCCAGUCCAUGAUUGUAUACUGAGUCUCUUAAGAAAAACACCAAUUGACAUUGAGUUACCCUGCAAAACUUCAUAAUGUGCCCAGUUAUCAUGGCACACACCAGAGGCAAAGGUAGGAGAAUCUCUGUGAGUUUGAGAUCAGCCUGAUCUACAAUGUGAGUUUCAGACAACCAGGGCUACACAGAGAAAAUAAACAACAAACAACAAAACCUUCAUAACGUAUAACAGGAGGAGGGUUUUUUUUUUAAGACAAAGAUGGUACCAUGGUAUCAGAAAAUAGUGUAUAAAUUCCUUUUAAAAUUGUAGUUUGUCCUACAAUGCAGUCAUUUACUUUGCAAGAGGAAUCUCUCAUCCAUGAAAAGGCAUACACAGUGCUUAUAGGAAUAGUAUUUAUAAUAGCCAGAACCUAGAAAUGUAAUCCGUGUUCACCAACAAAGAAGCAAUUACACAGUCAUAGAAUGAAGUUCUGUUCAGCAAUGGGAAGGAAUAAGCCAGCUACAGACAUAUGUGGUGGUAUCAGUUUAAGAACAUGCAGAAAGAAGCUGACCCAGCAGAGAACAGGACCUAGCUCAUAUAAUUCUAGGAAACUUGAAGCCAGUAGCCACUGAGCACAGAUAGGAGAUUGGAAAAAUAUAAAAAAGGAAAUAAAAUAUAAAAGAGGAACCUAUAGGGUUGCAGACCCCUUUAUCACCUUGGGUACUUUCUCUAGCUCCUCCACUGGGGGCCCUGUGUUCCAUCCAAUAGAUGACUGUGAGCAUCCACUUCUGUAUUUGCCAGGCACUGGCAUAGCCUCACAAGAGACAGCUAUAUCAGGAUCCUGUCAGCAAAAUCUUGCUGGCAUAUGCAAUAGUGUCUGGGUUUGGUGGCUGUUUAUGGGAUGGAUCCCCAGGUGGGGCAGUCUCUGGAUGGUCCUUCCUUCUGUCUCAGAUCCAAACUUUUUCUCUGUAACUCCCUCCAUGGGUGUCUUGUUCUGCCCUUCUAAGAUGGAUAGAAGUAUCUAUGGUCUUCCUUCUUCUUGAGUUUCAUGUGUUUUGCAAAUUGUAUCUUGGGUAUUCUAAGUUUCUGGGCUAAUAUCCACUUAUCAGUGAGUGCAUAUCAUGUGAGGUUUUUUGUGAUUGGGUUACCUCACAGGAUGAUACCCUCCAGAUCCAUCCAUUUGCCUAAGAAUUUCAUAAAUUUAUUGUUUUUAAUAGCUAAGUAGUACUCCAUUGUGUAAAUGUACCACAUUUUCUGUUAGAUUAUAGUUUUUAAAAUCCACUUAACUUUUUUUUUCCUUAGGCAGGGUAUCAUGUAGCUCAGGCUGGCUUCCAAUUCACUAUGCAGCAGAGGCUGGCCUUGAACUCGUGAUCUUCCUUCCUUCAUUCCCAAGUGCUAAGAUUACGGGUGUACACACCACAUGGAGUCUAACUGCCCCUUCCUCAAACAAGAGACAACACUGGACAUCUGCAUGUCCUAUAUCUAUCAUCAUUUGGGGAGCAAGUUAUAGACGUCUGGUUUUGGGUGCUGUUUUUCAUUCCUAUGUGAAAAUGUUAUAUGAAAUAAACACGGUGAUUAAAGAUU